ACUCACACUUCCCCUGUUUUGCAGCAGACAGACAGAGGUACUCUAAUCCUUCUGUUCCUUCCUCCCCCACCUCUCUAAAACCCUUCUCUCAUGGAGAAACAGCUAUAGAUUUGAGGAUAAUAUAGCUUUAAGGCAACUUUUGGCAGAUGCGAACAUCUUAACAUCUGGGCAGUGUUAACAGAAUCUCGGAGGCCCGGAAAGACCAGGAGCCACUCGUUCUAGGAAUGUUAAAGUAGAAGGGUUUAUUUUCCGACUGAUGAGAGGAGCAGAGAGGAAGGAGAAAGAGAAGGAAACCACAAAACAUUAAAAACAGAUUCCAUCUUUAUGCUUUUUCUUACUUUUAGAAGCUCAUAGCUGGCUGAAAUCUGAAAGCCUUUUUUCCUUACAAUAGUACUUCUGGCUACAUAGUCCUAUUUUUGUCUCCUGAAGCUUCCCUGUCAAGGAUGGCUGGUCAACUAAAUCAAAGAUGCGCACUCUCUCUGUUACUCUUCCUAACCCCAGCAGUGACACCAACGUGGUAUGCAGGCUCAGGUUACUAUCCAGAUGAAAGCUACAAUGAAGUAUAUGCAGAAGACAUCUCAAGAAAUCGUGCCCUGGACUACCGAGUCCCCCGAUGGUGUUAUACAUUAAAUAUCCAGGAUGGAGAAGCCACAUGCUACUCACCAAGAGGAGGAAAUUAUCACAGCAGCCUCGGCACACGUUGUGAGCUCUCCUGUGACCGGGGCUUUCGACUGAUUGGUCGGAGGUCGGUGCAAUGCUUGCCAAGUCGGCGUUGGUCUGGAACUGCCUACUGCAGGCAGAUGAGAUGCCAUGCUCUUCCAUUCAUCACUAGUGGCACCUAUACCUGCACAAACGGGGUGCUGCUUGACUCCCGCUGUGAUUAUAGCUGCUCCAGUGGCUACCACUUAGAAGGUGACCGCAGCCGAAUUUGCAUGGAAGAUGGGCAAUGGAGUGGAGGCGAGCCUGUAUGUGUAGACAUAGAUCCACCUAAGAUUCGUUGUCCUCACUCACGUGAGAAGAUGGCAGAGCCAGAGAAACUAACAGCUCGAGUAUACUGGGAUCCACCCCUGGUGAAAGAUUCUGCUGAUGGUACCAUCACCAGGGUGACACUUCGGGGACCAGAGCCUGGUUCUGACUUUCCUGAAGGAGAGCAUGUGAUUCGUUACACUGCCUAUGACCAGGCCUACAACCGGGCUAGCUGCAAGUUCAUUGUAAAAGUACAAGUGAGACGCUGUCCAAUUCUGAAACCACCACAGCACGGCUACCUCACCUGCACCUCAGCCGGGGACAACUAUGGUGCCACCUGUGAAUACCACUGUGAUGGUGGUUAUGAACGCGAGGGCACCCCAUCCCGAGUCUGCCAGUCAAGUCGUCAAUGGUCAGGAUCGCCAGCCAUCUGUACUCCUAUGAAGAUUAAUGUCAAUGUCAACUCAGCUGCUGGCCUCCUGGAUCAGUUCUAUGAAAAACAGCGUCUCCUCAUUAUCUCAGCUCCUGACCCAUCCAAUCGAUAUUACAAAAUGCAGAUCUCUAUGCUGCAGCAAUCCACCUGUGGACUGGACUUUCGGCAUGUGACCAUCAUAGAGCUGGUGGGGCAGCCACCUCAGGAGGUGGGGCGUAUCCGAGAGCAACAGCUAUCAGCCAGCAUCAUCGAGGAGCUCAGACAAUUUCAGCACCUCACUCGUUCCUACUUCAACAUGGUGUUAAUUGACAAGCAGGGUAUCGACCGUGAACGCUACAUGGAACCUGUUACCCCAGAGGAAAUCUUCACAUUCAUUGAUGACUACCUGCUGAGCAACCAGGAGCUGACACAGCGAAGGGAGCAAAGAGAUGUAUGCGAAUGACCUUGAGCCAGGGUCUGGCUGAGGUCAAGUGAAAAGCUGCCCUAAAGUAGCUGAAACUGAGGGCUUUAAAAGAAAAUUGUUUCCCACUCUGCUAAGGAAAAGACUAUGAGAUAGAGAUUGUCAAUCCUAGGACAUUUCCAGCACCAUUUUAAGGUGGAAUAUUAGUUUCCCUAAGCAGGCCUCCACGUCAGGUAGCAUUGGAAGAACAUAAGAAACUAACUGGGGACUAAGGACAGGCCCUGGGGCAGUAAGUUGUGGGUAGAAGAUCUUCCUCUCUUAGCUGGAGCCUCUGCCCGGUUCUCCAAAGUUUUUCAGAUAAGUAAAUGCUAAACUCAUUCAUUUA